AUACAACAGCACGUGUACUGGGCGGUCACGGCCACACGGUGUUCACGUGGCUGAGGACCAACACUAAGCAUUGCUGGUGAAUGUUGGCACAUUAUAUCUAGACGCCGAUUUCAUCAACAACCUCGCCAGCCAUGGACCUUGAAGUGGAAUCAGCAGACGUGAUUCGUCUGAUCAUGCAAUAUCUGAAGGAAAAUAAUUUGCACCGCACUCUGGCGAUGCUUCAAGAGGAGACGGCAGUCUCGCUCCACACGGUCGACAGCAUCGACAGCUUCAUCUCCGAUAUCAACAACGGGCAGUGGGAUAUAGUGCUGCUAGCAAUCCAGUAUCUGAAGCUUCCUGACAAGCUGCUCAUUGAGCUGUACGAACAGAUUGUGCUGGAGUUGAUUGAGUUGGGUGAGCUGGGAGCAGCCCGGUGUUUACUAAAGCAGACCGAUCCCAUGAUCAUGCUGAAGCACACUCAACCUGAGCGCUACUCGCACCUGGAGACCCUUCUCAGCAAGCCAUACUUUGACUCACAAGAGGCAUAUCCAGUGGACAGCAGUAAAGAGAAGCGCAGACUGGCUAUUGCUCAAGCUUUUGCAGGAGAGGUCUGCUUGGUGCCACCUUCUCGUCUCAUGGCUCUUCUGGGCCAGGGCCGUAUAUGUGAGGGCGCUUUAUACAGGUUACAGGAAACCAAAGCACUACGGCAGUUUGGCUCAUUAGCAAUGCUGUCGUUGAAGUGGCAGCAGCACCAGGGUCUCUUACCUCCAGGUAUGUCUUUGGAACUGUUCCGGGGAAAAGGUGCAUUGAAGGACAUGGAGGAAGAGCGCUUCCCUACUCAGCUCAGUCGCCUCAUAAAGUUUGGGCCAAAGUCCCAUGUAGAGUGUGCGCGAUUCUCUCCUGAUGGACAGUACUUGAUUACUGGAUCUGUUGAUGGUUUCAUUGAAGUCUGGAACUUCACCACUGGUAAAAUUCGGAAGGACCUGAAGUACCAAGCUCAGGAUAAUUUCAUGAUGAUGGAUGAGGCUGUUCUGUGUCUGGCAGUUAGUCACGACUCUGACAUGAUCGCUUCUGGAGCUCAGAAUGGAAAGAUACAGGUUUGGAGGAUUCUGAACGGGACGUGUCUGAAUAGAAUAGAACGAGCCCACAGCAAAGCAGUCACCUGUGUCUGCUUCAACAAGGACAGCAGUCAACUAUUAAGUGGCUCCUUUCACCAGACCAUCAGGCUUCAUGGUUUGAAGUCAGGAAAGAUGCUGAAGGAGUUUAGAGGCCAUACGGCUCAUAUAAAUGACAUCAUCUUCUCACACGAGGGCCAGCAUGUCAUUAGCGCGUCAGCAGAUGGCACAGUAAAGGUCUGGAGCAUGAAGACAAUGGAUUGCACUCACACAAUAAAAACCCCUGACAUUCCUGAUGGUACAGACAUCACUGUUAACAACGUUGUGCUUGUCCCAAAGACUCCUGAGCACUUUGUGGUGUGCAAUAGGACCAACACGGUGGUUGUUACGAACAUUCAUGGCCAGGUGAUGAGGAGUUUCUGUUCAGGCGUAAGAGAGGGGGCAGACUUUGUUUGCUGCACGUUGUCUCCACGUGGAGAGUGGAUUUAUUGUGUGGGAGAAGACUAUGUGCUGUACUGCUUCAGCACCAUCACUGGCAAACUAGAGAGAACCCUCACGGUACAUGAAAAAGACGUGGUUGGCAUAACUCACCACCCCCAUCAGAAUCUCAUCGCCACAUACAGCGAGGAUGGCCUGCUCAAGCUCUGGAAGCCUUGAGUCUUGUCUUUCAGAAUAAUAUGGACUCUGUACACAUUUUUUGAGUUUUAUGUUCAGGAUUUGUGGUAUUCCUGCACACACACAUAUGUCUCUGCCUUUAUACGCGUGCUAUGACAUUGGUCUUCCAUUCAAAGCGCUCAAAAAGAUUCAUGUUCCUGUUGAACAUUAGCAUCAUACCUUGAGAUGAAGGACCUCUUCGACAUCUGAAAUUAACUACAUCCAAUUCUGUAAUACUAACGUUCCUCGGAAGUCUCUAGUGGAAAACAAGAAAUACUGCAUGGAUGUACUGGUCUUUUACUAUUAUUAUUAUUAAGGGCUUUGUAGUAUUGUCUGUGAUAAUAUCUGCAUGCAAGAUUUAGCCCGAUCGACAUUAGUGUGGUAAAUGUACUGGUUUUCUUUCCAGACCAUUCUUUGACAUCUUAUAUGUGAAUGUAUGUAUUUUCUUUGAUCAUUUUGGCCAAAGACAAAUAGUGUGUACUUGCUCAUAAUGUGACAUCGCACAAGUCUUGGACUCAAUGAGGACAUAUUCACAUAUUUGUACUUGUGUACAUUUAGAAUUCUGAUACGUUUAGAAUUCAUAUGGUACAAUAUUGUGUUGAUUAUAAUGGUUUGGUGUGUUUUAACACUCAACCAAGCACAUCUACUUGUACUGCAUGCAGGUGAACAUAUUAUGCAGUUACUGCAAUACUGUAUGAAGUAAUCAGUAUGGUUUGUAUUCUGAUUAUUACAGAUUAUUUUUUAAUCAAGGGUAUUCACAAUUUUUGUUGAAUAUUGGUAUAACACUGCUUUACAGUGCAAGUCUCUGAGUAUCUUACAGUGUUGGUAAAUUGCUGCAGUUUAAUUAAAAUUCAAGCAUGAAUAACUCAUGACAAACUUUUCAAGAAGAUUUGUCAUUAAGAUGCAUCAUUAACUGGUUAGAUGUGUGCUUGAUAUUUGCAGUAGAUAUCUAAUAAAGCUGUAGAGACAUCUUCAUAUACAAGAUGUACAUCGUGAUUUUUUUAAUCAAACAGGAGGAAGGUUUAUUUCCACAAGUACCCAAAUUUUGGCAUAAUUAGCCAAACAUUCAAUUCCCCCAGACCCCAAAAAUACAAAAGUGGCUAAAUUAAUAACAUUGUGACAUUUAUUUUAUAAAUAGAACUACAAAUGGCAGUUAUUGGUCAUAAUUAAAAGUCCACAUUUUUCAAUUAAUCUUCAGUCAACACAAAUAAUCAAAUAUAAGACUUAUCUGCUUGCAAAAACGAAAAUAAUAAUACCAACCAAUUAAGAAGCCAACUAAUAUCACUCUCUACAAAAUAAGGCUUUUAAGAAAUGCAUCUCAGUCUGCCAUCAUUUUGAACAAGAUGUUCCUCUUCUUUAGAAAUACCACAAUUUCAAAUGUAUUUUAAACUUAAUUAACCCUCUUAUUAGUUUAAAAUGUUCUAGAAAAACAUUUAGGAAUAAACUGGCACAAAGCAAAUUUCCAACAACAUCAAGAUCAAACAUGUCUUGCAUGUAAACCACAAUUAACUGGCAAUAAACAAAACACAAAGAUUGUAAUGUUUUCUCAAACUGAUGAUGUAAAUUUGAUUUUCAAAGUAAAUACAUUUUAGAGAUGAAAUUUUCUGGGAUUAUGGCACAACCAACUUGACCUGAAUGUCCCAUUUCCACUGUAACUGCUACACACAUUUCCAUAGACUCUCCCUUCAAUUGAAAGUCUAUGGCACCAGUCUCACAACUCAUUUUAAACAUCCCCUAAGUUUAUUUCACAAAUUAUUUGCUCAAAAUUUUGGAUGAGGAGUUUCUUCCAAACAAUGACACAAGAGGUCGGCACUAAGAGGUCUUAUUCUAGGCACAGAACUAGUUGAGAGGUAAAUAACUUUUUCCCUCUUGGUCCUUUUCCUUGUGUUCCAGCAGAGGUGGCAUUUGUUGUGGAAGGGAGGGUAAGGGAACAGGAAUCUCUACGAGGUUUGGCACUGGACACCUCCAGAUGGG